CCCUUUCAUGAGAACUUUGAAAAUGUUGCAAAUCAGUUAUCAGAUUUUUUUUGUUGCAGAUAAUGAGGAACAGAAACAGACGAUGGAUUCAGUUCUGGUUCCUGGUAUCAAUACUUCAACUGGUGCUUGCUGAUGAAAUUUCCAGCGCAGAGGAUAACGAAAAUGGUGACAAGAACCAACGCAGCAUCUUCUCCCCUCGCAUGGACUAUCAGCAAUGGAAGCCUCUUGGCCGUGGAGACCCGUUGAAGAACGACCCCACCUACGACUACGUACCACCGGUACUAGACAGAGUUCAGUACUGGGUAGACCCAGCGGACAGAAAACCAGACACCGCCACAGCUUCAGAAAACCAAAAGACCGAAAUACUCCUCCUGGGAAUUACAUCGAAAAAACCUGCUUCAGGAUCCUCUGCAAUCGCUGACAGAAAGGACAGUUAUGAUCCUUACGUAAAAUACUUUGAUGGGUGGAAAUAUAGCAGCAACCAAAGAAUUGCAAGACCUUCGUUUAUCCCGUCGAUUCCAACGUCGUUCUUCCCGCAGCUCUUCUCGAAGAAUAAGAACUCGAUAUUUCCAGACAGAGGCUCGUUCUCUAAAGGCUCCGAGCAAAGGGUGCCAUACACAAUGCUGAUGCCUCCUCCAAUAGUUCAAACUACUGUCACAACCGGACAUGGAGAAGAGAUAACUCCAACGCCGAUGAUUUUCCUCUCGUCAUCUCCACCAACAACACCUAGGACCAUACCAGCAAGUAGUACCUCGAACAAUGGAGUCACAGUUCAAACAGCAAACCUGGUCUACCACUCAAGUAGUGUCAGUACUGAAAACGAGUUCAAGAAGCAUUCUACUUUACCUAUCAAAGGCUCGAUCCCUGACUUUAGAGACGAGUUGGUGUACAACACACACCUAGCACCUCCAGAACCUUUGGUGAAGCAGGAGUUUGCACCUCUUACUCCAAACAACCUGUCCAGCAAGCCUUUGGUAACUGCUGGCAGCAACCAAAACAUUAACUACGUGACACCCCCACCACUCAUAAAACCAAACAAUGAGAUCAUGUUCAAAGGCCAAGUUUCUGAUGACGUCGUAUCAAAUGGCUUUGUAAAAAUAGGAAAACCCGAAGCAGAAGUACAUUCUUCUGGGAUAGGUGUAGAUAUGGGCAGCAUUAUUCAUCAACCAAUGCCUUUGGUUCCUCCAAACAUGGGAGUGUUUCCUCAAAGAGUUCCUGUUGAGGACAUCGAAGAUAUGCAGACGAUGCAUCCACCGCCUCCAACAGAGUCACCUGUAUUUACAAAAACCACAGAAGCUAUCAUGAAACUCGUUGGUGGUGGAACAAUUCCACCUAGUUCCACUUUGGAUACUACAACGUUCGCACCAACUACAGUGACAUCUACUAUAAAAACAGAAGAAACUACGACGACAACUGCAACUUUGACAACAGGACCAAUGUUCAAACCACUCAAACAAACUGCGGAACCUAUCAAACGACCUAUGUAUCUUAUAAUUGAGGGACAUUCAAAGGUCAAGACCUAUGGGCCUUCAAAGCAGAUCUAUGGUAUCAAUGUCCAAGAAACAAACGAAAUACCAGGGAAUGAAGAUAGAUAUCAGAAAAACUACGAUGUCAAGCAUCUGCAUGGGUUCAAAAAAGAGGAGCAAAAGUUGGAUGAGCCCGACCGAAAAGCUAGAACUGGUAAUUUGCAAACCUUGAAGCAUGUGGUGCAAACGGGCCUUGGUUCAAUAGAUUUAUCAGACUUGGAAGACCUAGAAAGAAAGAGUGGUGAUAAGAAGGAGACUGAAUUAGGUGCUGGAUACCAAGUCGUCGACAUGGAGAACGCUACAACAGAAGCGUAUCAUAAGGGAAUAGUGGAGGAAGCAAGAAAAAUGAAAAUUUAAUUAUUUUUCUUGCGUAUUUAUUUUUUAUUUUAUUAAUAAAAGGUUUAAAAUCUUGAA